CAAGGAAAAAUGGUGCUCUCCGGCAUCCGUUUGCUCUGUUUAGCCAGUCAAACCCACGACGGUCUUCCUGAUGAGCUUUACUGGUCUUUCCAUGGACAAGUGGUCCAUGCAUCCGGAUUCAAUUCGGUUGCCCUCCUCGCGAGUCUUCGGAAACUUAAGUUGUUAGCUCCUCGGUCUGAUUUUGAAUCAAGCCGUGAAGCUGCUUCCGGGGCUACCGGAAGCAACGAUGUUGGGGCUCGGACCAUAAAAAACACCGGAAGCUCCAUGGCUGAUACGGCUAUCGCUGCUACGAAGGCGAUCACAGCAGCUGCGUCAAAGCUGACGUUGCGCAGGCGAUCUACUUAUAAGUACAGGCUUGAUAUCCAUUUUAAAUUUAUUUCCUUUUUGCUUGAUCAUUCAGUUUAG